GACAGAAUCGUAACUCCAAUCUCUGCUCAAGUCCUCAGAGCAUAUCCUUGAUACCAACUCACACAACCCUAUUGGGUUGAGAACUCGAAAAUUCCAAAGGGAAGCUCAGGCAUACUAUAAGUAUCGUAUGCGCUCGAAGGCCGACAUAGUCAGGGUCGAACCAUUCAGACUCCAAACGGACGAUCUUGUGAACCUCGUUUUGUUUUCACAGUCACCAUCACGGUCCUGCCACUUCCAACCGGCCAUGUCGUCUCGUUCAAAUCGCUCAGAUGAGUCCAGUCGUAACUCAAAGAGCAGUAAAAAGAACCGAUGUUCUAAUCAGCAACUCAUCGAGUCAUUGCGUACGCACCGCGUAAACACAUUGACGGAACUAUGUCGCAUCGAAAAAGUUGCGGCAAAGUGCGAAAGCGAAGAGGAAGCGCUGGCGUUCCAAGAACCGAUGACUUCGGCUUGGUCGUACUAUGUCAACAACCAAUUCUUGGCCGAACUGCGCGGACUGACGCCGAACUACCCCCUGAGCGCCGAGGUUGUGAACGAGGCGGUCCGCCGGGUGCGCAACGAUCCGGAAUCCAACAGGAGCUGGAAUCUGGCCUGGCUGUGCCUGACCAAGAUACGAGACGAUGGACUCGUGCCUCGUUAUGCGAACAACGAGGCAUGGAAGAAGGAGAUGUGGGGAGGCCGAGACCCAUCUCAAGAGGAGGCUGACCAACUCGGUCAGUGUUUCGAGUGGGAGUGGCGCCAAGCCAUCGAGAGUAUGCUUCGGCACUGGCGAGACACACCUCCCACGUGGUACUAGAUGUUCUUCCUUCAUCUGCGCUGCGCAGUGGUCUCAAUGGGGGUUGUUUGCACGAAGUGAGGCGUUGUGGGUAUUCGGCUUCUAGCAUUUGCAUAGCGAAAGGCGGCGUUGUUGUGGAUUAUGGGGUCUAGGUUCUACGCCCUGGAGGCGAGACAUAUCUCUUCUUGAUACUUCCAAAUGUGCCUUGUGCCUUUGUUGCUCGUAAACCACAGUUCAACCUAUUUUGUAAGGUUCAAGCUCUAUACGCUUUCCAUUUGAUUGACAGACGCGAAUCCAGUCCUAUCUCUGCUGAUUGUAUUCAUUGUUGGAUCAGUUGUACCACAGUGGCCCUGAGGCUUGACACCUUGGACGUUCACAGCGGCUGAAGGGUGCAACCAACAUGGCUGCUCUGCCAUAGAUGUUCACGGAACUUUAGGUGAGGUAGGUGACAACU